CGCCGCCGCGCGCGCGCACCCCCUCCCCCGCCCGUCGCCGUUUCCCCCCCCCAACACGUCCCCGGUCUGACAGAGCUGAAGGGCUGCGCCCCCCUCCCCGCGCCGCUCCCGUCCGCGGACACGCACCCCGGCUCUCCCAGAUUUCUGAGUGAAGAUGAAUUUGGCAGAGAUUUGUGAUAAUGCCAAAAAAGGGAGAGAAUAUGCACUCCUUGGGAAUUAUGACUCUUCCAUGGUGUAUUACCAGGGUGUCAUCCAGCAAAUCCAGAGACAUUGCCAGUCGAUCAGAGAUCCAGCAAUUAAAGGCAAAUGGCAACAGGUCCGACAAGAAUUAGUUGAAGAAUAUGAACAAGUUAAGAGCAUUGUCAACAUUUUAGAGAGUUUUAAAAUGGACAGACCUGCAGAAAUCCCUGUAUGCUGUCAAGAUGAGCCUUUUAAAGAUCCUGCUGUUUGGCCCCUUCUUGUUCCAGUGGAACACAGGGCUCCACCUCAGAUAAAACGUCCCAACCGAGAAGCAAAACCUUUGAGGAAAGACUCUCCAGGACUGCAGCCCCGUGGGCCUGCGGGCAGAGCACAUGCGGUGUCCAAGGGCGACAGGUCUGCAGGCAGCCGCGAAAGGGAAGCUAGAGCUAGAGGAAGAGAUGACAAGGGAAAGAAAACACCUCUGGAACCUGGUGAUGGGGAAAUUCCAAAAUUUGAUGGAGUGGGCUAUGACAAAGACUUGGUCGAAGCUCUUGAAAGGGACAUUAUAUCAAGGAAUCCAAGCAUUCAUUGGGAUGACAUAGCGGAUUUGGAAGAAGCCAAGAAAUUACUAAGAGAAGCUGUUGUUCUUCCAAUGUGGAUGCCUGAUUUCUUCAAAGGGAUCAGAAGACCUUGGAAGGGUGUGCUGAUGGUUGGUCCUCCUGGCACUGGCAAAACAAUGCUGGCAAAAGCUGUUGCUACAGAAUGUGGAACAACAUUCUUCAAUGUAUCUUCUUCUACCCUGACAUCUAAAUACAGGGGCGAGUCUGAGAAGCUGGUGCGCCUCCUCUUUGAAAUGGCGAGGUUUUACGCUCCAACAACGAUCUUCAUUGAUGAGAUAGAUUCCAUCUGCAGCCGCAGAGGCACAUCUGACGAACACGAGGCGAGUCGCAGAGUCAAGUCAGAGCUGCUUGUACAAAUGGACGGGGUAGGUGGUGCUCUGGAAAAUGAUGAUCCUUCCAAGAUGGUUAUGGUAUUAGCUGCUACAAAUUUUCCCUGGGAUAUCGAUGAAGCUCUCCGACGGAGAUUGGAGAAGAGGAUUUAUAUACCUUUGCCCACAGCAAAAGGCAGAGCAGAGGUACUUAAAAUUAAUCUUCGGGAAGUAGAACUAGAUCCUGAUAUCAAACUUGAAGAAAUUGCUGAGAAGAUCGAAGGCUAUUCUGGUGCUGACAUCACUAAUGUUUGCAGGGAUGCCUCUUUAAUGGCAAUGAGACGGCGUAUUAAUGGCUUAACUCCAGAAGAGAUCCGUGCACUUUCUAAAGAGGAGCUUCAGAUGCCGGUUACCAAGGGGGACUUUGAGCUGGCUCUGAAGAAAAUCUCCAAAUCAGUUUCUGCUGCAGACCUGGAGAAGUAUGAAAAAUGGAUGGCGGAGUUUGGAUCCGCUUAGUCUCAGAGACGGCUCUCUUUUGCAAGAGUUUUAUGGCUUUUGUUGCUUUCACUUGCAAAAUGAGUUAGAAAUCUUUUUAAAGGUUUGUUAACAGGUUUGCCUCUACCCCCAUCCCACCCUUUUCUGGUGACAAGAUCUUUUAAACUCCAUCUGCCUUUAAAGGGAAUGAACACAGUAAUGAGCUCAUAUUGUAAAAGAUGUUUUAUCUCUGAAAUAGUAAAGUAAGACAAAGAGGAAAGGAAAAAUUAUACUUCUGAGGAUAAUCUUUUUAUUUUUCCUAUGAAGAGCAGUAUUACUUAACCUCCUCAUAGUUAUCUUUCAUGGCUGGAAUCAAUAGAGCAGCUGGAGAAUGUGACUCCAGAGGAGCUAACAAGGGCCUGUGGUACCCCCUGCUCUUAAGUGCUACAUUUCUGUUGAGCUGCUGACUCUACCUCCUUUGAAUGUGGCAUCGAAGUUACUGUUUUCUCUCUCUCUGCUCGGAUGUUCAGAGCAAAGCCUGUGGAUUGAUUGACCUUACACAGAGGAAAUGAGGAUCAGGUUCCCAUCAAGACAUGGGCUUGGCUCUUCUCUUAUGUACACCUGUUUGGAAUUGAUGUAACUUUUGACUGGAUUGAUAUUGCCUGUGAUGACUUCUGGUGAAAAUGAGAGGAAAAGAAAACGGCCUUGAUCACUCUCAGUCUGGUUUAUCUCUGAACAUAGUUUGUAACAGUUUGACCAGUAGGCACUUUGACUUUAGUUUCAUCUUGCACUUUUAAGCUUAUGUCUCAUCCUAUAUUUCGCCUGUGCUGUCUAGAUGUUGUUGUUAUUGUUAUUAUUAUUAUUGUAAUUAUUUAAGUACCAAGACUGUAUUACAGUAAAAACACUAAUAACAAGACCAUCUUUAAAACAGAAAACUGUCCUUAAAAUAUGUAGCUGUGAACUUCCACUUAUUCUGAUUAGUCAUGAACUCUUUCCUGGCUUUACUAGCCGAUGGGAUUUGCACCUGUUUAUGUUGUAGUCAUUCUUUUUUUUGUUUAAACGAUGAUUUCUCAAAAAUGUGUAAAUGUUACUGAUUUAGGGGGAAAUAAUGUGUACAAUCUCAUUUAUAUUCUUACUUGUUUCUUCCUUUUCCAUGUGCAGGGAUGAGAAGGGCUGGGUUAUAAACUUUGGCAUGACAACCCUCUCUCAAAAUAUAACUAUCAUGCUGUCUGUAUGUGCUUUUCACUAACUCAGGCUGCAAGUCUGACAUAUGAAGGCUUCCUGUGGUAGGAAUGAGAAGGAAAAGUCGAACUUACAGCAGGUUUUCAAAUUUUAGGUGAUUUUGUGAGCUAGGCGCAAAGUAUCCUGGUGGAUGUGAGUUGCUGUGUGGUCUGGUAGGUAUUCUGCCCUUUGGCUCUCUGCUGAGCCUCCUGGUGGCAUAGCCAGAUAUGGCAAACUGGAGUAAGAAACCAACAGCACCUUGGCUCUUGAAUGAGAGUAUAUCCUGAUUUGCUAGUUCUUGGAAGUUCCCAGUAAUGCCAGUAGUUCAGCAGGCUGGUCUCUUGGGCGAUGACAUGUGAACCACUAAGGGAAAUGCUGCUCAAAUGUGUUUACUGUUCAGUGGCAAGGACUGUCAGGUUACACGCACAACAGCUCUGCAGCAUCUAUCUGAUGACAUGAGUGACUUUUGAAGCUGUUUAGCUAUUGCUGCUUUGUCUGUGGGUAUUCCCUUUUCUUUCUUUUUAUGCAAAGACAAUGUCUCAGAUUGAUCCUGUCAUUACAAAGGGCUGCUCCAAUUUGCAUGGAGAAACACCACAGAGACUCUGCCAACCUUGCAUUUGACACGAAACUGAGCCAGGGCUUCAGAAGCGUGUUUCCAUGUUGUAGUCCAGAGAAAUGUCUUCUGGGGCCCCCAGACUGGUUGAGACACAGCUGCUGUUCUUUUCUUUCCAAGGACAGAGCAUCUCUGCUGCCUAGUGUUAGGGCGUGUUACAUUCCUGGACAGGGAGGUUAGUGCAGGAAGAACACCAGCUUUUACCCUCUUCACCUGCAGGGAGAAUGAAUGCUUCUUUCCUGGCUAUUUUGCACCAGAAGCCAUCUUGACUUUGUAAUUUUUUGAAAAAAUCCUACCAGGGUCAGUCUGUUCUUCCCAGGGAACAGCUGGACCUUUGUUAGAGAGAAAACUUUGGAAAAAAAAAGCUUUGCUACAGCCUGUCAUUUCUUCCUUAUGAAAGGUGUAGGCUGCAGCCUCGCUCGAUGUUUUUGUUUGUUUUGUUUGUUUACUGCAGUAGAAAUUAGGAAAACUAUGCUAAUCUUUUGUAGCCAAUGCCAGAUUAGCACUUCAGGGUCUCUCACUAGAAAGGUCAUUGCUGCCUGAGGAGCUCAGUACACACAAACAAGAUAUAGAAGGUAAUAGACAUGAAUGUCAAUAACUUACCCUGUUGAGCUGCCCAGGAGCAGUGCUGGGAUUCAACAGCUGCUGCUUAGAAAUGCGUUAAGUACUGUUUUUCUCAGUUUCAUAUUGGAAGCAGCAGUGUCCUUCCUGCUGAUGAAAGCACAGGCUUUAGCAAAAACAUCAGUCCUUAGCUCUGAUGGACCUUCUGCCUUAAGGUGUUAAACUUCCCUCUUGGAUGUUAAGCAAAAUUCAUUGUACUGGGCAUUCCCUCUAGUAGGAAUUACUCAGGUGCUGUGGUUGUUUCUCUAAAGGUCAUGAUAUCUACCCCAGCUAUGUUUUUCUUGUACAGGUCCAUCAUCCUUUGCUGGUGCAGAACAGAGACACACAAUUUUCCAGGCACUGGAUGUUUCUGUGUACGAAGGCUGUGCCCAAGCAUUGCAGCCUGCUAGAUCAGACACCCUGGGAGACAGCAACCAUCCCUUCACUGAAGAGACUUUUCAGGAUAGGGAACUGACUCUUACAUCUUGGGUUAUUAACUCAAGAGGGGAGCCAGGAGCAGGGUGCAGAGGGAGGAAGCAGGGAAGGAGGGCUGGGCCGACAGUGGCAGCAACUCAAGGCCCUAAUCAUGAACUUACAGCUCAGCCCAAGUCCAACUCACCUCACACUGGUGGAAACCCUUGUGUAGGGACGUUGGAUUCCUCAGAAGGCAGCGUUGGAGCACAUCACAGCCUGCUGCCACAGUUUGUUCAGUCUGGGUAUGGAAAUACACUUGUGUGCAUGUGUAUAUGUACACACAUGAUGUGUGGUGCUUUAGUUUGUACCUAAACUACAGAAAAACAUGUUUUAAAGCUGUGUUUACAUGUCGCUGUCUAAACAUCUGUGAAGGCCCUCUUGGGUGGCACUGUUAAUUUUUGUACAGUAAGCAAUCUGGUCGUAUGAAGUAAUAAACAUAUAUGUAGAGUCUGUUUGUCCCGCUGGGAUUGGGCUGUGAGCACUUCACUGCUGCUUCCAGAGGCUGCCAUACAAUGUAGAUCUUCUCAGCAUGUCGCAGUGGUGUUGGACUCGCCAAAGUCCUCAAUGGAGAGCAG